UUGGUAAUAUCUAAAAAUAUAUAACAUCAUCUCUGUGAAAUAUCUAAAAAGAAUUUAUAUUAAUCAUCGUAAAAUUCAAAGUGCAACGCGAUUAUAAAGCGAUUCAAAGAAGAAAUGGUGGGGGUAGUUUAAGACAUGCGCAGAAGAGUCAAUAUGAUAGUCAUAAUCAAGAGAUAAUGGUUGCAGAAAAAAGUAGGAAAUAAAGGAUGAUGAAUUUUAUUUUUGAAAUAUUCGAUAUUAAUAUCUUGUUUUUUUAUAUAAAAAAUUAAUUAUUAAUUAUUAAAUAACAAUGGUUUAUUAACAAUUUAAUAACUAUUAUAUAAAGUCAUAAUUUCUAGUAAAGAAAUGUCAGAAAGAAAAGUUUUUGUAACAGUUGGUACUACAAGUUUUGAUAAUUUGAUUUCAACAAUAUUAACUCCUGUAGUGCUUCAGGCAUUAAAUUUGAGAGGUUAUAAUUAUUUAUCUUUACAAAUAGGUAAAAGUUCUUUAAAACCUGAUUGUACACCUCGAUAUGGUAUCAAACAUAUUGAAUAUUUCCAAUUAAGUUCAUCUAUCGAGAAUUAUAUACAGGCAACUGAUUUAGUAAUAAGUCAUGCAGGAGCAGGAAGUAUUUUAGAAGCCUUGGAAGCUAAAAAACAUUUAAUUGUAGUUACUAAUGAGUUACUUAUGGACAAUCAUCAAUUAGAAUUAGCUCAACAAUUAUAUGAAGAUAAGUAUUUAUUUUAUUGCACUUGCGAUACUUUAUUAAAUACUAUUCAAACAAUGGAGUUAAAUAAGUUAAAACCAUUUAUGUCAGAUGGAAGUAAAAAUAUUGUUAAUCAUUUAGACCGUAUCAUGGGUUUUAGAUAAAAUAAAGUAUGUUUCUAUUUAUAAAACAUA